UCUCCGGCUUUGACAGAAUGGCUGUCGCGGAUUCGUGGUUCGUGUCACUUUCUGUGGGAGUUUCUCUCCUAAAGUGUCUGUUCUUCCACGCAUACCGAUCCACAGACUUCGAGGUCCAUAGGAACUGGUUGGCCAUCACCCACAGUCUGCCGCUGACCAGGUGGUACCAUGAGAAUACGUCCGAGUGGACCCUGGACUACCCGCCGCUGUUCGCGUGGUUCGAGUUGGGCCUGUCGCAGGCGGCGCAGCACUUCGACAGGAACAUGCUGCAGGUGGAGAACCUGAACUACGCCAGCCCGCCCACCGUGCUCUUCCAGAGGCUGUCGGUGGUCUUCACCGACCUGCUCUUCAUCUUCGCCGUCAGAGAGUGCUGCAGAUGUGUUAAGGAGCAGAAGGGCUCUCGGGACGUCUGGAGCCGGCCAUCCUUCGUCCUGGCGGUGCUGCUGCUGUGGAACUUCGGCCUCCUCAUCGUCGACCACAUUCAUUUCCAGUAUAACGGUUUCCUGUUUGGUUUCCUGCUGCUGUCGGUGGCCAAACACCUGCAGUCUAAGCACCUGCAGGGGGCGCUGCUGUUCGCCGUCCUGCUCAACCUGAAGCACAUCUACCUGUACGUGGCUCCGGCCUACGGCGUCUACCUCCUGAGGAGUUACUGCUUCACGCAGGACAACGCAGACGGAUCCAUCAGGUGGAGGAGUUUCAGCCCGCUGCGUCUGCUCGCUCUCGCCGCCAUCGUGACGUCGGUCUGCGCUCUGUCCUUCGGUCCGUUCGUUGCCGCGGGCCAGCUCCCUCAGGUCUUGUCCCGCCUCUUUCCCUUUAAACGGGGUCUCUGUCACGCCUACUGGGCCCCCAACAUCUGGGCCCUCUACAACGUGGUGGACAAAGCCCUGGCGACGCUCGGCGUCCGCCUGAAGCUGCUGCAGGAGGCGGAGCUUCCUCGAGCCUCCAUGACGGGCGGGCUGGUCCAGGAGUUCCAGCACUCGGUGCUUCCCUCCAUCUCUCCCUCCGUCACACUCGUCUGCACUCUUCUGUCCAUCCUGCCGGCGGCGGCCUCCAUCUGGUGGCGUCCUCGCGGCGCCCGCGGUUUCCUGCGCUGCCUGCUGCUCUGCGCUCUGGGCUCCUUCAUGUUCGGCUGGCACGUCCACGAGAAGGCCAUCCUCUUGGCCAUCCUGCCUCUCAGCAUUCUGGCUGUGGAGAGCAGAGAGGAUGCUGGGAUCUUCCUCGUUCUGACCACCACGGGACAUUACUCGCUGUUCCCGCUGCUCUUCACCCCUGCAGAGCUGCCAAUCAAAGUGUGUCUGAUGCUGAUGUUCACCGUGUUCUCCUUCACUGCUCUUAGGAAGCUCCACAGCUCCCAGGGACCUCUGCUCCGUCCCCUGGAGGUCGUCUACCUGCUGGGUCUGGCUGUCGUAGGGGUGGCCUCUGAUGUCAUCUUCCCCUUGUCGCCGUGGCAACAGAGGCUGCCUUUCCUCCCCCUGCUGGCAACGUCGGUGUACUGCUCGGUGGGCGUCUGCUACUCCUUCAUGCGUCUGUACGUCAGUCUGCUGAAGCCAGACGCCAAAUCCAAACAGCUGUGAGACGGACAGUGAGUUGUGUGUUGGGGGCGGGGCCUAACAGGUUAGGCCCCGCCCCCAACACGCCCACACACUUUAAGUGACGACUCGUCCAAGAGCAACGAUUCAGAACAGCCAAGACGGCUGCCGAAUAGGUGACAACAGCGAGGAUCAACAAGUUUUUACAGUAAAACCAGCAACAAUCCAAAGCAGCGUUCCUGUUCCACUGCAGAUGUUCUCUAGUUGUAGCUCCGCCCACAUCACACCAUUCCCCUCUCUGAUUGGUUGGACAUCUAUCCAGUGGCGUCCAGAGACGGUGGGUUCUCCGUCUGUUGGUACCGCCUCCCUGGGAACUUUCUGGGAUUAAAACAGCCUGAGAUCUAUUGUUAUACGGUAACCACGGUAACCGUUUGUCAGGGACCAAAACGCAGUGUUGUCAUCACAGUAUCAACGUCACUAAAACAGCAAAUAUUGCACUAAUCUGUUAUUGUUGCAAGCGGUCCGUGCAGGACCAAGCGUCUAGAAACCAGUCCAUGGACCUGGAGGACCCGGGUUUAAGACCCGUCUCCAGUGGUACCGGUCCAGUUCCACAGAGCCCAUGAACUCUUCAGGUACUCUGUUCCAACUCAGACGUGCUUGAAUUCACAUGGUAAAGAUUUCCCUGCUGACCUCGUAUCAAUAGAUGUUUGAUUUAACUCUGGACUUCAAAGGUUUUCAUUUAUAUAACUGGGAGAAAAAUAACCACCUGCUUUCUAAAAGUCGGCGUUCUGAAGAUGUUGAUUCUUUGCUGUUUUUGAGAAUCUCAUUUACGGUUUUAAAAAAUAAAGAAAAUAUUCAUAUAGUCUCGUAAUCUGAGACGAACGUUUCGAGUUGCUAGAAUUCCCAAAAGUGGGAAUUUUAAGCGAACCCAGAAUGCAACCAGACUGCUGCCCCACCUGUCCCUCGCGGCUGAUGCAUUCUGGGAAAUACGGCAGUUUUUGUUUUGUCUGAACGAUGUUCCUCUUGGGAACCCGAACAAACAGGAUUCUUUUAUAAACGAGACGACACUUGGAGGACGGGACGCAGAAUGUUGACGUUCCUUUCACCAGACCGGACCAGAAGAGCUGAAAUAUGUUCAGCAUGUGCAUUAUUUUGUAUCUUUAAA